UAUUGCAAUGUUUGUUUGAAUAUGUUAGUUGGUUGGGGAGGUAAACAAGGAUUAGCUUGUUCUCUUUGUAAAUACACUGUACACGAACGUUGUGUUCAUUCAGCAUCAAAUAAUUGUAUUCAUACAUACAAUUCUAAUGCUUCUUCUAUGAGAGAACAACCAAUUCAACAACAUUAUUGGAUGGAUUCUAAUUGGCAUUGUCGUUGGUUGAUUGCCAAGCUGAUCAAAUUUUUAUUUUUUAUCAAAUCUUAUUAUGGUAUAAUUUCAUCAUUUUUUCAGUUAAAAACAAUUCCGUUAUCACCAAAUGGCCGUUCUCGCCCUCUAUUGGUUUUAAUUAAUCCAAAAAGUGGAGGAAGGCAAGGCGAACGUAUUUUUAGAAUAAUCGUUGUUAUAUUGGCUACACUGUCGACCCUAACAGGCGCAUUCGUCAGCACAAUUCUAGCAGAGAACAUGGAGGAGCGAAAAAAAACUAAUAGCAAAGGACCUUGGGAUAUGGUUUGUAUAGUCCAUGGCUUUCCAAAUGCAAUUUCUGCGCUCCAGUUUGAAUGGGCUUGGCAAAACCCAGAUAAAUCAAAACGACUCAAACGUCGUUACAUGCAAAAAGAUCGGAAAGAAACUCCUUUUGCUUUUUCGCUUUCGAAUUGUUAUUCAAAUGUUAAACACCCGACCUUGGCGAGAAUUGGCAUUGACUUUUAG